AAUUUAUUUAUUUAGUUUAAACAUGAAGUGACACCCCUUCUGAUAAGGGAAUUACCUUUUACGUGAAUAAUCGGUAACAAUUAUUUUGAUAAGAUGUAUGGUAUUUAAUGAAACAUUCCAUUGAAUUACGACAUCCGUCUUUGGGACCGGGGGAUAUGUUAACAAAAUCACAAAGACUAGUACUAGGACUUCUAGUUUUAUUGUUUGUAAAUGUUAUAUGGGUAUUUUCAGCUGAGGUUACGAAGCACAUUUAUCGAGAUGGACAGUUUGAAAAGCCGUUUUUUACAACAUAUUUUAAGACAUCUAUGUUUUCGUUGUAUUUGCUAGGAUUAUGUUUCUGGCCACCUUGGAGAGAUACAUGUAAUAGACCACCAGCUUAUAUGUUCAUAGAUCCAAACACAGAAGACGAAAACUUUUAUGUAGAUGCAAACACAAGUUUGAGUGAUCCAACGUAUGUGCCUGUGAAAACACCAGAUCGUGAACGAAAUUCUGGUACUGAAAGUGAUGAUUCUUCAAUACGAUCCGUACGAUUUAAUAAAUUGGCUGAAGUACGUCACAUGUCUGAAGCAGAUGCUACAGAAGCGUUACUCGCACGAUUAUCUUAUCAAGCUAGUGUUCGUGCUGGUGAGGCUGCACGCCGAGCUGCUACAAAAUUUCCUGUAUUUAAAGUUGCACAAAUUGCAUUUACAUUUUGUAUACUAUGGUUUAUUACAAAUUACACGUACCAAGUAGCUUUAACUGAUGCUGAAACUGGAAUUGCAACAAUUUUAAUAUCCGCAUCAAAUGUAUUUAUUUUAAUACUUGGUGGAUUUUUUCCAGCAAAUAUUAAUGACAAAUUCACUUUAUCAAAAUUCAUUGCAGUAUUUAUUAGUAUUAGUGGUUUGAUUCUUGUUAAUUUUUCCGAUUUUACAAAAAAAUCUCCACAUAUGCCAACUGGUAUUGUUCUGGCAUUAAUAAGUGCUCUUUUUUAUUCUGCCUAUUUAAUAUUUUUACGUCGAAAUGUUGAUAAUGAAGAAAAAAUGGAUAUACCAUUAUUUUUUGGAUUUGUUGGAUUAUUCAACAUGACUUUGCUUUGGCCAAUGUUUUUUCUUUUACAUUACAGUGAUUUAGAAUUAUUCGAAUGGCCUAAUCAUGAUCAAUGGGCAUUAAUUAUUUUAAAUGGCCUUGUAGGAACUGUACUGUCAGAAGCUUUAUGGUUAUGGGGAUGCUUUUUGACAUCAUCAUUAAUUGCGACAAUCUCAAUAAGUUUAACGAUCCCAAUGUCAAUGCUAGCUGAUGUUAUAUUUAAAAAAGCAUCGUAUCCAUGUAUGUUUUAUAUAGGUACCGUUCCAAUGUUUCUUGCCUUCUUUGCCGUCCCUAUUCUAACACAUUACGAUAAUUGGGAUCCAUGUUUAGAAGCUGUACGAUGGUGGUAUUUCUUUGUAUGUCGAAAAACACGCACUUUAAGGAUUCCUGAUAUUGAAUCAGAACAAACAGAAGCAUUAAUUGGAAUUAAUUCCAUGAAUGACCAUGAGGCAUGAAAAAAGUAAUAAAUUUUAUUAUGAUGAAAUAAAAUUUUAUCUACAUUAAACUUUAAAUAAGCGCCAUCACCGAGGGCACCAAAAUAACAAGGUCAGUAUUUACAAAACUAUUAAAAAAAUGUAUUAUAUAGAA